AUGCCAUACACUGCGCCGUUGAAGACGACGCCUUCUACGCAACAUAUUGAACACUCCGAUCCAAGCACACCCCCUUCUCCUAGCUCACCCACCGUGGCGGACCCUCAUGCCGUCGACCUAAUUCUUCCUCAGUCCUACUCAGCUUCAUAUGUUCGUCGCCAUCGACGUUCUCCCUCAAAUAGCAAGUCAUUUGUGUUUCCAGCACCAGAGAACAAUUGGGAGUUGGAGCAAAACACCGAUAUCUAUGCCAGUAUCAGGCAAUCCCCUCCGCCUGUGAGCGAGGGACCGAUCCCACCUGGGGCCCUGCUUUCCCCGCCGGAGUCUGGACAGAACUCUAGUGAUGAAGAGUCGGCUAGUCAACCGAGGGAUGUACUUCAACUGGAGGAACUGGAGGCGGCUGUCAGAUCAAUCGAGCAGAAGCGUUCGUCAUCGCCAGAGAGGAAACAGCCAGAGGACAUGCACGCAGGAAGCAAGGGCACGACGGCAACCCAUGCUGGGAAACCAUCUCGGCCGUGUCUGACAAAAGACAACCGAAUGAUUUCUCGUUCUCGCUCCUUCGUUGAAAACGCCAUUAGUCGGAAGCAGGAGGAGGCGUUGACGAGCUCUCCAGAGGAGAGUGAUCGAGAUGAUGAGCCCAGAGCCAAAUAUCCGAUGGUCCGCAAAAAGUCUGGGGAGCUUGUGAGACCCGCUUUGCGCCCACCAUCUGCUCGUCGGCGACCCUCAAGCAUGCCUGGAACUCCAACAUACUCAAAAGCAGUCCACUUUGAUGCUCAAUUGGAGCAUAUCCGCCACUUCCUGCAGCUUGACAAGCCACAGGCUGUUAGUGCCAAUACAUCACCUGUGGAGGACCUUGAUGCAGAUGGAGAAUAUCCGUUUACCAACACGGAGUCCGAGCUAUCCUAUGAAUGGGGACUUCGCUUGUCGAACUUUCCACACAAGCCGCCAUCUCAGCCUCAUCAACGUGUUCGCCUUGAGCGCUUGUUCCUCUCGUCCGACAAGAACUCUUUGGUCGGCAUGGUAGUGGUUGCUAAUCUCGCGUUCCAGAAACAUGUUGCGGCCCGCUUCACUUUUGACAGCUGGAAGACAACCUCGGAAGUGACUGCCGAGUACAGUCACGAUGCUCGACAAAAGCAGCUGCAGGAUGGCUACGACCGGUUCAUGUUCAACAUCAGACUCGACGAGCAGACGAAUCUCGACAAGAAGACCAUGUUUGUCUGCAUUCGCUAUAAUGUGAACGGUCAAGAGUUCUGGGACAAUAACGAGACGAGGGACUUUCAAGUCAACUUUACCAAGAUUCCCAAGCCGAAGAUACAAACACAAUCGAUCCCUUGUGCUCGGCCUCGAAUCAACUUGCCCCGAAGCAGAAGUUUCACUGGAUCUGGCAGUCGGCCCCAUUCGAUGCCUUCGUCCCUUCAAGAUUUCUCUGACAUGCAUCGCUAUAUAUCGUUCGGACCUCCGAUAAGCGAUCGGAAGAGCAAAACUGAAGUUGACGAUGACAUGCCCCACGAUUCGGAGGCGCCUGUGCCUAUACGUCGCGACAAGCAAGGCCAUCAGGUCUUCGGCAAUCGGUAUGAUUUUGAGUCGUCUCUGUCUGCCGCCAUACGGAGUAAACCCGAACAUGACCGCACCAUGCUUGCUGCACAGGCCAAGUCAGACACCUCAGCGCCAGCGCCACGCUCCGGCGUGCGGACCGCAUCGCCUGUCUCACAGUCCGCUCAAACCGGAUCCGAGAAACCUUCUUCUCUAAUGUCGAGCAAGCCGCACCGCGAAUCCUCGGUCUACAGAGAACUCGUUGAUCGCUACUGCUUUUACGGUUCCCCAAACUCCUCGCCCAACCUCAACCGUACCCUGAAAGUAAACGACACCAGCUCGAGUCAAGGCACCAGUUUCUCCUCGCCGGCUUCCUCACCUGCUAGCUAUUCACCAAAGGAAAGCACCGGUGACGCACCACUGAGCCUACCGGCGUCUCCCAAGACCUUCUCAUAUAAGUACUUCGAGCCUGCACAAGAACGACUCUUCAACGAAUCGCAAACACCAGCCAUGAUAAGUGGCUAA